AUGAGCGAUGGAAUAUUGGAGAGGGCUCUAAAGAGCCUUGGAAGGGGAUUCGACUUGACGUCGGAUUUCAGACUCAAGUUCUGCAAAGGAGAAAAAAGAUUGGUUUUCCUUAAUGAAGCAGAGAAAAAAGAGCUCAAGGUACCUGGUUUUGGGGACAUCAAAGAUGUUUCUAUUGAUAUAAAGUGUGAUAAAGGUGAUCGUGUUCGAUAUCAAUCAGACAUCCUUGAGUUCCAUCAGAUGUCAGAGUUGUUCAACCAAAAAGCAUCGGUGCAAGGAAAAAUCCCAUCAGGGCGGUUUAACUCCAUGUUUGGAUUUGAAAGUGGUACAUGGGCAGCUGAUGCAGCUAACACCAAAUGUUUGGGACUUGAUGGUUACUUCAUAAUUCUAUUCAAUUUUCAUAUUGAUCGCUAUCCGCUUGUUCUCUGUGAUGAAGUCCGAAAUGCUGUUCCAUCGUCCUGGGAUCCAUGUGCUAUAGCAAGGUUCAUUGAAAAAUAUGGAACACAUAUUAUUGUGGGGUUGAGUAUUGGUGGCCAAGAUGCGGUUCUGGUCAGGCAAGACAAAUCUUCCAACCUCGGUCCAUCAGAGCUGAAGAAUCAUUUAUAUGACCUUGGUGAUCAAUUGUUUACUGGGAAGUGCAAUUUUACUCCAAAAGCUAGAGAUCACAAGUCUAAGGCACCGCAGGCUUUCAAUGUCUUUGAUCCACCACCCGUUACCUUCGAUAGCUUCUCAUCCGUCAGUAGCACUAAAGAUGGAAUCACUGUUCUAUGUGCCAAGAAGGGAGGUGAUACAGCAGUAAGUAGUCACUAUGAUUGGCUUCCGACAGUUUCUUCCAUGCCAGAUGCAAUUCAUUUUAGCUUCAUACCCAUAACGUCUCUCCUUAAAGAUGUUCCUGGCAAAGGUUUCUUGUCUCAUGCUAUCAAUCUUUAUCUUAGAUACAAGCCUCCUAUAUCUGAUCUGCAUUAUUUCCUUGACUUCCAAUCUCACAAGAUUUGGGCCCCGGUUCACAAUGACCUCCCACUAGGCCCUUCCACGAAUGUGGCAAGUUCGUCUUCAGCUCUUCACUUCUAUUUGCUGGGCCCUAAACUAUAUGUCAACACUAGUCAGGUUACUGUUGGAAAGAGACCAGUAACCGGAAUGAGAUUUUAUCUUGAAGGCAUGAAAUGCAACAGGUUAGCCAUACACCUCCAACACAUAACAAGUACUCCAACAAUUCUUGAAAACAAGAUAGAUGACAGUAUGCAAUUAUGGCGAGGAUCCGAUGACAUUGAUAAUGAAGGAUACUUUGAAGCUAUAUAUCGAAAAAGGUUUUCCCAUGUAUGCACAGCACCAGUAAAAUAUGACCCCAAGUGGAGCACUAGAAAAGAUGUAGCCUACAUUGUCACAGGAGCUAAACUUCAGAUAAAGAAUCAUAACUCGAAGAGCGUCCUCCAUCUUCGGCUACUGUUCUCCAAGGUUUCAUAUUCUUUUAUAGUUCAGUCAAGCUGGGCACAAGGCUCUUCAGGAUUUUCACAGAAGUCCGGCCUCUUCUCAGCCCUAAGCACGUCGAUAGCAGGCAAUCCUGCGAAAGACGAACCUAAGCGUGUGGUGGUGGAUUCCAGCGUGUUUCCAUCAGGGCCUCCAGUACCAGUGCAAACACAAAAGCUUUUGAAGUUCGUAGAUACAUCACAGUUGUGUAGAGGGCCACAGGAUAGUCCAGGACAUUGGCUAGUUACGGGGGCUAAGCUGGACUUGGAUAAAGGGAAAAUAAGCUUGCAGGUUAAGUUCUCCUUGUUAAACGUCUAUUCAUGA